CACACAGCCAAGAUGGCGGACGAAAAUAGCACGGAUGCGCACGAUGAGAAAGAAAUAACUCUGAAGAAGAGACAUGUUAAAGAAACGACAGAAGACGUGCAACCCGUGACAAAACCCAAGGACUCGAAGCUUACCCUUUACCAUUGGACACAGUCCUUCAAUUCGCAAAAGGUGAGACUGGCAAUCGCAGAAAAAGGUUUGGCAUGUGAAGAAUAUGACGUUAGCCUUCCACUCAGCGAGCAUAACGAGCCAUGGUUCAUGAAGCUGAACCCUGCCGGCGAGGUCCCCGUGUUGGUGCACGAUGACAACGUUAUCAGCGACCCGACCCAGAUACUGGACUAUCUAGAGCAAAACUUCAGAGAGGAGAGCACUCCCAAGCUGAUUCCAGAGGAGGGCAGUAUGUACUACCCCAGGGUGCAGCACUACAGGGAGCUGCUGGACUCCCUCAAGAUGGACGCCUACACCCACGGCUGCAUCCUCCACCCCGAGAUCACAGUGGACUCCCACAUCCCUGCCUAUGCCACCACCCGCAUCCGCUCUCAGAUAGGCAACACAGAGUCAGAGCUGAAGAAACUGGCAGCAGAGAAUCCUGAUCUCAAAGAUGCCUACAUUGCCAAACAGAGGCGCUUAAAGUCUAAGCUGUUUGAUCAUGACAACAUGAAGUACCUGAAGAAGCUGCUGGAUGAGCUGGAGAAUGUGAUGGACCAGGUGGAGACGGAGCUGCAGAGGAGGGUGGAGGAGACGCCAGAGGAAGGCAGCCAGAUGUGGCUGUGUGGGGACUUCUUCAGCAUGGCCGACGUGUCUCUCGCCGUCACCCUGCACCGCCUCAAGUUCCUGGGUCUCUCUCGCCGUUACUGGGGCAACGGCAGCCGGGUCAACCUGGAGACCUACUACGAGCGUGUCCUGGACCGGCCCGCCUUCCGGAGAGUUCUGGGCCACGUCAACAAUAUUCUGAUCUCCGCCGUCCUGCCGACGGCAUUCCGGGUGGCCAGGAAGAGAGCGCCCUCCUUUGUGGGCACAGCGCUGGUGAUUGGCAUCCUAGGCGGGGCCAGUUACCUGGCCUUCCUUUACUUCAAGAGGAGACUGACCACUCUGAGUUGAAAUUGCACUGCUACUUCAUUCUAACUGUCCUUCAGAGUUCAGACACUAGCCACGUUUACAUGGACAGUUUUUUUGUCAUUCCGAUUAAACUAUUCCGAUUGAAAAUGUUGUGCCGUCUGUUUACAUGAGGUACAUUCUAUUCCGAUCAGGUGCUUUUCAAGCGCUUUAAAAUCUUUGAUCGGAAUAGCCGUUGUUGCCUACUUUUCAUUGGGAAGAUAUAGCAGUCAAUCCGAAUGACUGUAUAUGGGUGUUAAUUCGGAAUAGGCACGGACUACAUCACCUCUUCCAUUCCGAUUGAAAUUCUGAUCGGAUCAGGAAUUUUCAUUCUGAUUGAUGUUUAUAUGACGAUUUGUAUUCCGAUUGAGCUGUUAUUCCGUUUCUAAUCAAAAUAGAAGUGUCCAUGUAAACGGAGCUACUGUCCUUGCCCUUUUGUUUUCUGCCAAAUUCCAAAUGCAUAGCCAUGUUAGUAGUUGCACAAGAAGCACUUUUAAUUACCCUGUCCUUAUGCCUACUGAAAGCAAUUUGAGUCUUGAUGAAAUUCAGAGACGUGCUGUCACUGCGGUGUGCGUUUGGGUCAGAAAGUCAUUAUUUGUGUGUACUGUAUGUGUGUGCGUUUCACUAUGCGUCAUAUUUUAAGGAUUCUUCAUGGCCAAUGCUUCAAUACUACUGUGCAAGACAAUGUUAUGGUCAUUUGCAUGUCAAGAGAUACAAAAAAUAGGACUUGAUUCCUUAAUUCCUGACAAGAUUACAAAACUGGGGGAAAAUGUGAAGGAAUGGUUUCCUUCCCUUUUCCUUAGGCCUUUACAAGUGGCAGCAUUUGACACUGUGGUAUCCUAGUGCAGGUUUUUGAGUGGUUUUUGAUAAGGAACUACCAAAUCCUAUCACUGUGUAAUUUCAUAUGAGAGGGUAUUCUCGUAGUUUGUCUCGUAGUGCAAUUCAUUUCAGUAUGUAUCACCUGGUGUUGUCUGUUGUUCAUAGUACUGCCUUUAGUGUAGGAAGUCCUUAUUGUUUAUGCUCUGAAUGUACAUAGUAUAUGCAGUAAAUUACUACUCUCUAAACAAUGGAUCCUACAUCACAUUAAAGUUUAUUUGCAAA